AGCGGCGGCGGCAGCGGCGGCGGCAUUGUGCGCGCACCAGCAGCCCGGCCCGGGAGGAGCAGGACGCGCCGGGGCCGCCUCCUCCCGCACGGACCCAUGAACCAGCCGGGCGGCGCGGCGGCUCCGCAGGCUGACGGAGCCAGUGCGGCUGGAAGGAAAAGCACGGCGAGCAGGGAGCGCUUGAAGCGCAGCCAGAAGAGCACCAAGGUGGAGGGGCCAGAGCCCGUGCCGGCCGAGGGCUCACUGAGCGCCGAGCAGGGAACGAUGACGGAGGUGAAGGUGAAGACAGAGGUGCCCGAUGACUACAUCCAGGAGGUGAUCUGGCAGGGUGAGGCCAAGGAGGAGAAGAAGGCUGUCAGCAAGGAUGGGACUGGCGAUGUGCCCGCUGAGAUCUGCGUGGUGAUCGGUGGUGUCCGCAACCAGCAGACCCUCGGGUCCUAUGAGUGUGGAAUCUGUGGCAAGAAGUACAAGUAUUACAACUGUUUCCAGACCCAUGUACGCGCACACCGAGACACUGAAGCCACCUCAGGGGAGGGAGCCUCCCAAGGCAACAAUUUCAGGUACACAUGUGACAUCUGCGGGAAGAAAUACAAAUACUACAGCUGUUUCCAGGAGCACCGAGACCUGCACGCAGUGGAUGUGUUUAGUGUGGAAGGGGCCCCUGAGAAUCGGGCAGACCCCUUCGACCAAGGUGUCGUGGCCACUGAAGAGGUGAAGGAGGAACCCCCGGAACCAUUCCAGAAAAUCGGGCCAAUGAACAAUAUUACAUCAGAAAUUUUUAAGAAGAAAGAAGUUAGGCAGACCCAAAAGAGAGAAACCGGCAAUUACACCUGUGAAUUCUGUGGAAAGCAGUACAAGUACUACACGCCCUACCAGGAGCAUGUGGCCUUACACGCCCCCAUCAGUACCGCCCCCGGGUGGGAGCCACCGGACGAUCCAGACACGGGCUCUGAGUGUUCACAUCCAGAGGUAUCCCCGUCUCCACGCUUCGUGGCCACGAAGACCCAGACGAACCAGUCGGGGAAAAAAGCUUCGGCCUCUGUGGUCCGAUGCUCCACCCUCUUACACCGCACCCCUCCAGCCACCCAAACCCAGACGUUCCGCACUCCAAAUUCAGGAUCUCCGGCAAGCAAGGCAACCGCAGCAGAAAGCGCUUUCAGUCGGAGAGUAGAAAGCAAAGCACAAAACCACUUUGAAGAGACGAAUAGCAGUUCCCAAAACUCCAGCGAACCCUAUACGUGCGGCGCCUGUGGGAUCCAGUUCCAGUUCUACAACAACCUGCUGGAGCACAUGCAGUCCCACGCAGCGGACAACGAGAACAACAUUGCCUCCAACCAGUCCCGAUCGCCACCUGCUGUCGUGGAGGAGAAGUGGAAACCCCAGGCCCAGAGGAACAGUGCCAACAACACCACGACCAGUGGUUUGACAUCCAACAGCAUGAUCCCCGAGAAGGAGCGGCAGAACAUCGCAGAGAGGCUGCUGCGGGUGAUGUGCGCCGAUCUGGGUGCGCUGAGCGUGGUAAGCGGGAAGGAGUUCCUGAAACUGGCCCAGACACUGGUGGAUAGUGGCGCCCGCUAUGGGGCCUUCUCGGUCACAGAGAUCCUGGGCAACUUCAACACGCUGGCACUGAAGCACCUGCCGCGCAUGUACAACCAGGUGAAGGUGAAGGUGACAUGUGCCUUGGGCAGCAACGCCUGCCUGGGCAUUGGCGUCACCUGUCACUCACAGAGUGUCGGCCCCGACUCCUGCUACAUCCUCACCGCCUACCAGGCUGAGGGCAACCACAUCAAGAGCUAUGUGCUGGGCGUGAAGGGAGCAGACAUUCGCGACAGCGGCGACCUGGUGCACCACUGGGUGCAGAACGUGCUGUCAGAGUUUGUGAUGUCAGAGAUCAGGACAGUGUACGUGACGGACUGCCGGGUGAGCGCGUCCGCCUUCUCCAAGGCCGGCAUGUGCCUCCGCUGCUCAGCCUGUGCCUUGAACUCGGUGGUGCAGAGCGUGCUGAGCAAGCGGACACUGCAGGCCCGCAGCAUGCACGAGGUCAUCGAGCUGCUCAACGUGUGUGAGGACCUGGCGGGCUCCACGGGCCUCGCAAAGGAGACCUUCGGGUCGCUGGAGGAGACCUCGCCACCGCCCUGCUGGAACUCGGUCACGGACUCGCUGCUGCUGGUGCACGAGCGCUACGAGCAGAUCUGUGAGUUCUACAGCCGAGCCAAGAAGAUGAACCUCAUCCAGAGCCUCAACAAGCACCUGCUCAGCAACCUGGCAGCCAUCCUGACUCCGGUGAAGCAGGCGGUCAUCGAGCUGAGCAAUGAGAACCAGCCCACCCUGCAGCUGGUGCUGCCCACCUACGUCAGACUAGAGAAGCUGUUCACGGCCAAGGCCAAUGACGCGGGCACUGUCAGCAAGCUCUGCCACCUCUUCCUGGAAGCCCUCAAGGAGAACUUCAAGGUGCACCCAGCGCAUAAGGUGGCCAUGAUCCUGGACCCACAGCAGAAGCUGCGGCCUGUCCCACCCUAUCAGCAUGAGGAGAUCAUCGGCAAGGUGUGUGAGCUCAUCAACGAGGUUAAGGAGUCCUGGACUGAGGAGGCUGAUUUUGAACCCACCACCAAAAAGCCUCGCUCCGCCACUGGUGAGAACCCCACAGCUCAGGAAGACGAUCGGCUGGGGAAGAACGAAGUGUACGAUUACCUGCAGGAGCCCCUCUUCCAGGCCACCCCUGAUCUCUUCCAGUACUGGUCGUGCGUUACCCAAAAGCACACGAAACUCGCCAAGCUCGCCUUCUGGCUCCUCGCAGUUCCGGCCGUGGGGGCCAGGAGUGGGUGUGUAAAUAUGUGUGAACAGGCACUUCUAAUCAAAAGGAGGCGACUGCUCAGUCCAGAAGAUAUGAACAAACUCAUGUUUCUGAAAUCCAACAUGCUUUAAGACUUUACUUCUGAACGAAAGGAAAGAAAAAGAGAAAAAGAAUGGUAGGAAAAAAAAAAUACACAACACUGUUGCAAACAAAGAAAAGGAAUUUAAGUUCUAAACACUGUGGACCUCAUUAUAAAUGCCCCCUGGAAACUUAAGUGCUUUUUUCAGUGUGUGUGCGCGUGUGUGUGUAUACCUGCAUCUGUGCGGACGUGUCCAAGCACACGUACCGUGGACGCGGGCAUGGGGCUCUUUGCUUAUCUGCGUGGCCACAGAAGCUUCACGCACGCGGGCACACACAUACUAACCUGGUGCAUGCGCACACGCCUGCUUGUGGGCAUGUGCGCAUUAAACUGGGCGUGUCAGGAAAGCUGAGUGUUUGGGAAAGAGGGAAAAAAACGCUUCACCUCCUUUUCUCAGUAAGGGGCUUUUAAGACUCCGUUUUCAGGUGUGCAGAUUGGUAGAACGCUGAUGUUGCAAAAUGUUCAGGCAGCUGAGAUCUGAAGUGACUUGACGCUCUCUGUCCUUCACCCCUUGGUCCCCCUUUUUCCUUCCUCUCCCCCAAGUCCUCCUGACCCUACUGUACCCUGCCCCCCGCCCCCCGGCUGCCCUGCUAUGGAUUCUCCAAACUGCAUCAGAUGGACAGUUUCUGCACUGGACUUUGUUCUUAUUCACCUUCAGGGCAUUGAGCUGCUGCCCUCAAGACACCCUUGGGUGUCACGGGGCAGCCGCCUUAGAAACACACCUAUCUAUCUCCCCAAAUCAGGAAAGGAGACUUUAAGAAUAUAAAGCUGACUUUUGGCUUUUUAAUGUAAGAGAAAAAAAAAAGACAUAUUUCAGAGAAGUAUUGAUACUGUCUCCACUCAAUAUUUUUUCCUAACUUUUUACCAGUUUUUAUCUUUUGUUUUUGGGUUUGUUUGGUUUUUUUUUGGUUUGUUUUGUUUUUUCAAACUUAAUUUAGACUCUGCUAGGAGGCACUGAAUGUCUAUAACUUAUAAGUUGAAGGUUUUUUUUUUUAAUUGCCCGUUUUGUUCCUCAAGUCACACUGUAAACUAGCUCAUCUCAGUGGUAUAUUCACUCUCCUAAGGUUUUUAUUAACCUUCCCUGUACAGUCCAGUUUUCGUGUAUUUGAACAGCAAAGCCCAUGACCUCGUCUGUGCUGUUUGGAGACCAGGAGUGGGGUUGGAGUCACAGGUUCCACAAACGCGGGGUGUGGUGGAAGCCAUAGGGAAGCACGUGGCUCAGGAGUUCUCCUGAAUGUAAGUGGAAGGCCCGCCCUCCUGGCCCGCUGUGUCUGGUACUGCGAAUGUCCGAUUUCUAUAACCCAGAGUGCAUUACACUACUCGCCACAUCACUGACACUUCCAGCUCAGCAGGGACUCCUGAGUUGACCCACGUUCACGUCUCCUUUCACACCUCAGACCCACGGCCCCUCCUCCCUCCCCACGACCCCAGGUGGCUCCGAUGGCUCCAUCGUCCUCAGCCUGGGGGCCUCUGCAGAGCCUCAGCCCUCCGUCCAGGACAAUAGUUGAGCAUGGUGCCUUGUGGGCCAAAUGAUUGAUGUCUUGAGGGUGGAAUGGCAUUAGGCCACUUGAACUUG